AUGCGAGAUUCACAUGCUGUGCUGGAGAAGCUCAACUUCAGUGGUCAGUGGGGUUCGGCAGUGCACAGGUUCAAAAGCAAGCCCAGCGAGAACCCAAAGCCUCCACGCACUGCAACGUCAACACCCCCCACCAUGUCGAAAUUCGGGGAUUUUGUCAAGAAUGGCUGGCAUCCCGAGAAGCAGGGCACUACAUUCAAAGGCCAAGUAAAAGGUCUCGUCGGCCGCGGCGAAUCCAAGGACGACCGCAACAAAGACCAUGUUUCCCGGCCGCUACACACCCUCACCGACCCGUCAUCGCUACCGCCUCCGCCGCAGCGCCGCGGCACCGGUCUCGCCCCCGGGCCGGCACCCACGUCCUCGGGCGGUGAGAAGCGCAAAGUCGUCGCUGCGCCGUCAAAGUAUCAGGAUCCGCACGGGCCGCGCGUCGCACCGCCCCCGCGCACCGCCCGUGUCGACCAGCAGGACCCGGAACAGGAACAGCAGCAGCAGCAAGUGAUGGAGGAGCCGCCGCGCCCGUACCGGACCAACACGACGGGGCUGCGGACUGAUCACCUACCGCUGCCGCCGAGCCGCAGGGAUGGCGCGGACGGGAGGAGCCCGCCGUCGUACAGCGCUGCGACUACGGGCAGGGCGGUGCCGGCGCCACCUGGACGUGGUGCGGCAGCGGCAGCGCCGAGCUUGCCGCCGAGGCUGCCUCCGCGCGGAGCCGCAACACCGCCCGCGGCGAGCCCGCAAUCGACAGGGAGUGGCGGUGGCGGCGGUCUACUGAACCAAGGCGCCGUGAACCGACUCGGCGCCGCGGGCGUAUCAGUACCAGGCCUCGGCAUUGGGAAAAGUAACACCGGCAGCAGCACCGACAGCCAACAACUACAACAUCAGCAGCAGCAGCAGCAGCAGCAGCCAGGCGGAGGAAACCACAUGAAUGAGUUGCAAAACCGCUUCGCGCGCUUCAACACUUCCUCUUCCACAAACACGCAGGAGCAAUCAUCACCAGCACCGCCGAGCCAAGGCACGACGUGGGCACAGAAGCAGGCCGCGCUCAAAACGGCGGCGCAGGCGCACAAGGACCCAUCGCAGGUGUCGCUGGCCGACGCCCGGGCCGCGGCCGGCACGGCCAACAACUUUCGGCAGCGCCACGGGGAGCAAAUCGCCGCGGGGUACGGCAAGGCGCAGGGAUGGAACCAAAAGUACGGCGUGGCGGACAAGGUGGGCGGGUUUGCGAGCAAGUUUCAAGGAGGGACAGCGGCGGCGGCGGCGCCGCCGCAGCAGACGGGUACGACUACACUUGCGGCGACGGAUGGGAAGAAGAAGCCGCCUCCGCCUCCGCCGCCCAAGAAGAAGCCGGGUCUGGUGUCCGCGGCGGAACCGGCUGCAGCGGAGGAGGAUGCGCCGCCUCCGAUCCCCAUGUCGACGCGGCCCAACUUUUAG